ACCAGUGCUUUACCAUGAGAUAUAAGAGUAAAUUGUAUUGACAACGAAUUCAGGUAGCUUUGUGUGAUCUUGGAAAGAUUCAGUUCACUCUACAAAUUACACCAUUAGUGAACGGCUGACUGACAACUUUGAAGCUGUUGCUGAAAUAUUUUGCCAGUUGGAUCGGCUGUUUGAGUUUCUUCAAUUGCUUAGACUGAUAUUUUGUGACAUAAAGUCGAAGUUCAUCGGGUUUCUUCUCAACACAGGCAAGAACUCAAUGGCUAACAGCACCAUACAGAUUACUCCUAAUAACACAAGCGACGAGAAAUGGAAGUCUCAUUCUACAUCCGAGUGUAUUCCGUGGCUUGAUCUGCUCAUCGUUGAAUGUCUGGCCAUAGUCAUCCUUAAUGCCAUCAGUGCUGCUGUACUCUUGAAGAAGCACCAGCUGCAGCGCAGGGGUACAUGCUUGAUCAUCCACCUGGCGAUAGUCGAUCUUCUGGUAGGGGCAGUGACAGGACCUGUGUUUAUUAACACGGUAGGAGCUUCCUGUGAUCUGUGGGAGGAAACAGUCUGGUCUAAGAAGUACUCUUGGAUGAAUUAUUUGACGAUAGCAUUGGGGCAGUCCCUCCCUUAUUUGUCGCUCUUAAAUCUCGCGGUUAUUUCAUUAGAGCGGGCGCAUGCAACCUUUUCCCCUUUCAAGUAUCUUGUCGUUAAGAAAUGGGUCUAUGGAGUUAUAGUUGGUGUAACUUGGUUAAUGUUUGUGACUGCUGCUAUACUGGGGAAAGAUAUAAGCAGAAAAGGCCGCCAAAUUAUGUAUUUUUCAUUUUUUGCAGUUCUUCUCUUUGUAAUUUCUGUUUCUUACAUCUCAAUUUUUGUCAAAGUCCGUUUCUGUCAUCGUCUCCCAAAUCACGGCUCAUCAAGUGUAAUGGAUCGAAAAUUAACGAAUACGUUGUUUAUGGUGACUCUUGCAUCCAUAUUUACUUGGCUUCCAUUGAUAAUUGGACGAAGCUUAAGCACUUUGAACCCCCAGUUACUUAAAAACCUUAACCGGCGAUUAGCCGAUCACUUGUUCAGAGGUGUGUUGAUGUUGUAGCUGGCAAAUUCGUUAAUAAAUCCGAUAAUCUACGCCAUGCGGCUGCCAGAAUUAAGACAAGGUAUAAUGAAAAUCAUAUUUCGCCAGACUCCAAACAGUUCAAACCAGGAUGAUUCUCCUCUCCGUAAUCUUUGAUUCAUCAGUUUUUAUUCAGUUCAGACUGUAAGAAUUAAUCAGCAUAUGAUUCCAUACGUUAUUUGGAUAACAGGUGCCGAUAAACUAACAAAGUUCUUAGCGCGAAGAGUGUCUUGGUUAAACAAAAAAUCGAUCGAAAGUCAUUCCUUGAAAGUUUAAGAAUUAAAAAAACCUAUUUAGGGGGCUCAAGAGUUAGUUUGUAUUUGUUAACAAUUCGAACUUAAUGUAACGUGCAUUAAGAGAGAAAUCAGUCAUAACUCACAUGCUUUUGUCGUCUUAGUCCAACAAAAAAUCUAAAUAUAUUGUGCUGGUUGUGCAGACUAGUGUUUUGCUGCGUGUCGAUAUAUAUUUUUGAAAUAGUCCCCUUGAUUUGAAACUUAAUUAAAUUAAGCACACAAAAUAAAUAACAUCUUGUGUUUUGAAUGAAAA